GGUGGCCAUGGCACUGAGAUCCAACGAUAAAAAAUUGUCUUUCGAGGUUCUGAGCCAAAGCAUGUCUUUCGAAGAAGACGAAUCCUUAUUCUUCUACCGCUCAAACUCAGAUCCAAUCCAAAACGGCGUCGUCGUCCAAUCCAAGCCCAAUCCCAAUCGCAAGAAACGGAAACACAGGCGAAAGAAACCGAUCCACUCCGAGUCCUCCAUUCGCGAAGAUCCGAUCGCCGAAGCAACACUCGAUCCCGAUACGAGCCGCACCAAUGGAUUGGAAUCGAACUGCACGCACAGUUACAGCGUCGAGAGCAGUAGCGUGUGUACGGUGGUGACGGAGCCGGAUUUCCAGAAUGUGCGCGGCGAGGGUGAUUAGUGGGUUUGUGGCUGUGGGUUGAUUUUCUUGGCCUGGGUUGUUGUGGGUUUGUGAGUUUUGCUGAUCUGGGUUUGUGGAUUUGUGGCAGAUUGGUGCACUGAUCUGUGGCGGA